UGUCGAUGGGGGAAAAUGGCGUUAUGAGCAGCUCUAUACUGUAACAGAAGUGGGGCAGAAGAGUCAAGAGACAACAAUGAUUAACCCGCGUUUCUCGGUUUACCAAAUGACAGAAACGCCUAACCUGACAUUAGCCUAGACAUAGAGUUGCACACUCGAUUAUGUAAGGGCGCUUCACAGAUGGACAAAGACAGACUCGCAGCUGGUCCAUGCUCAUGGCUGGAUAUGCAACAUUUUAUUGGUGACCUUAUGGCUGCGAAUGCUUCAGUCACUGGACAUCCACUGAGAGAGCAACGUACUGAGGAGACAGUGAGUUCUGCUUGGCUCAAAGUCUCUCAUCCUCCCCAGUCCACCCCAUCCAGACAGAGCCGGGUGAAAAGUGCUGUUCAGUUUGGUCUGCAUUCUGAGGAAAGGGAAAGGGAACUCAGACACCAUGAAAGCAAUGUUCAGCAUCGUGCCUGCACAUGUUCUGGCUGCCCUCUUUCCUCAUCUCCUUCUAGUUCCUCAGUCCACACCCUGAAACCCAGAACCAGCCCAGCCUCACAGAUCCAACCACCUUCGUCCCCCCAAUCCACCCCACCGCAGCAGACCAAAGAACCCAGCCCUGCUCCUGUCAGCCUGGGCUUAUGUCUAGGUUUGGGUCUCUCUCUGGAAGAGGAAAACACAGAGCCCAGCAGCACAUCUGCUCACCCCCAGCAGGAAGACAAAGGCACUAGCACCCAUAGCCCAAUCCCUCAGGCAAAUUCCGAGUCCCCCGGUGUUCCACCAGUUCAGGCCUUUGCGUGUCUAUGCUGCCACUGUGGGUUUCAAACCUGUAGCCAACUUCUACGCCAACAAAAGGACCCAGAGGCACAUGUUUCCCAUCACCACUACCAUCACCACCACCAUCACUGCCCUCUCUCCACCUGCACGUCAUGUACGCUCCCGUCCUUUCCUUGCCUGUCCUGUCAGCGCACCUUCCCCACCUGCGCCCAGCUCCUGCGCCAUCAGCAGGGCCACACGCAACAGGAGGGCUUGCAGCAGCUCCCAUGCAUGCACUGCAAUGCUUCUUUCCCUAGGCCAUCGCAAUUGCUGCAGCACCAGCGAACCCAGCAUGCAUCCAAAGUGGGUGGCUUCCUGUGCGCCGAGUGUGGCCGUGCAUUCAACUCGCAUAGCAAUCUGCGCAUCCACCUCAACGUACACACAGGUGCCCGGCCCUACAGCUGUACCGACUGCGGAAAGAGCUUCAGCCAGUCCGGGGCGCUUAAGAUUCACCGGCGAAUUCACACCGGAGAGAGGCCGUACACCUGUACUUAUUGCGGGAGGGGUUUCCCUCACUUAGCUGGGGUGAGAGCGCAUCAGCGAAUUCACACGGGGGAGAAACCGUACCGCUGCGGUCAGUGUGGGAAGUGCUUUACUCAGUCCGGGGCUCUGAAGAUCCACACUCGCAUCCACACUGGCGAGAGGCCUUUCGUGUGCGGCCUCUGUGGGAAGAGUUUUUCAAACCGUUCUGGUAUUCGCUUUCAUCACCGCACGGUUCACGGGAUCGUGACGGAGCCCAACUCGGUGGGCAGGCCUAGUCUGGCUGCCUCUGCAUCGUCCUCAGUUUCAGAUUUCCAGAGAAUUCAAGCCUCCGGUCUCAACCAGAUCCAUCUCCGGGAGAUGGAAGAGAGGAGUCCGCCAAGUAAAGUGCAGUUAAGAGGGGAUGGGGACAAAGAGGCCCUUCCAUAUACCUGCGAGGACUGCGGUCAGCGUUUUCCAGAUGCUCCGUCUAGAAACAGACACCAGACAUUGCAGCACUACUCUAAGGAAGAGAGGGAAAAGGAAGAGAGCAACUCAGACAAAACUAUAGAUUAGACAAAAACAACAAACAUUUCUGACUCCAAAAGAGAGGGAAGAUAAAAGCAACUUUAAUAUAAAAUGUAUUAAAGCAGAUGUUGAGCCCAUUUGAAACCUGCUGAUAUCAGUCCUCUCACACUCUUAAGUCAUGAUGUAAGAAACAUUGUUUGUGUCCAAGACGCUAUACACUUUAAUUGAGAAUGCUGUCUAAUUUAUAUCACACAUUUAAGCUAAGCUUUUAAAAAAUUGCAGUGUACACUACAAUCUCCGGGCUCACAGUGUGCUGGACACCAGUAUUUUAUUUUAUUGUCUAGCCAUCUGAGAUUUUGGUAUGAAGAUAAAGCUUAGGAUCAUGAUUUUUUGGUAGUAUUACAGCACACUGUGAGUGUACUGAAUAUUGGCACCAUUUGUUGUCUGCUUUUGGCAAACAACAAAGCUUUUGGACCCGGAAAUGGUGGCGUGUGAUGUCAGACUUAACAUUCUAGUUUUGAUCACGUAAGAUUCUUUUACCUGUGAUGUGUGCCUCUAAAAAAGUAAAAUUGUGACAACCUGUAUUGUGAAA